CCUGUGGCCGAUCUGCCCAUACAUUAAUUCACUCGGACGCCCGUAAGUGGCACAGCGAUUUCUGAUGCUUCUCUGCUUCUUCUACGCCUUUCGCCCUGCCUUUCGUUUUGUACCCCUUGCUUCGCUACACUCGCUACCAUGAGGGCCAAUAUUUUGGAAAAGCGACGCCUCAUAACCGCAGCUGUCAUUGUAUCAAUCACAGUGACAAUAUGUCUAUUCUUCGCUCUCACCACACAAGGGAUUCAUGUCCUGAGUCCUUUCGGUUACAAAAACGAAAGGCUAGCCUACGUCACAUUCCUCUCUGGCACAGUCGACGCAGGUGACGACCUCGAGAAGGACAACUAUUUUGUCGCGGUGCGCAUUCUGAUUUGGCAACUCAAGCACAACCCAGGCACCAGAACUAAACACGAUGUGGUGGUUAUGGUCACACCGACCGUCUCGAAAUCGCGCAGGGAACGACUCAAGAGGGAUGGAGCUAUCAUCUAUCCUGUAGACUUCCUUCAUACUAAGAAUGACGCAUGGAUUCACCCUGAGCAACACCGAUGGGACGACGUUAUCACAAAGAUGCGUGUUUGGGAGAUGACCCAGUACGACCGCAUUCUCAUGCUCGACGGCGACAGCAUGCUGCGUUCCUCGUUGGAUGGUGUCUUCGACGACCCAGGGGCAAAGGUUCUCCGCACGAAGGAGUGGACAUCCGCGAAUAAGACUGAGGAGGGAGUGGAUAAAGACUCUGAGUAUAAGGAGGCGGCAUUGCCCGAAACUUACUUGCUUGGGUCUCUCAGCGAAGUCUGGGACAGCACUCACGACUUCCCACCACUAAAUGGCACUGGCCUCAAGAAAAUCGGUUACAUGAACGCUGGUUUCUUCCUCCUUGCGCCAUCCCGAGCCGCCUUCAAGUACUACAAGUCUCUGAUGAAUAUCCCCAACUCUUUCGAUCCGCGAUACCCCGAACAGAACUUGAUGAACUACGCUCAUCGAUGGAAUGGACCCAUGCCCUGGAAGGAAGUCUCCUACCACUGGAACAUUCGAUGCCCAACCGAGAACGACUUUGCCAACGGUCUCGUGAGCAUGCACGAGAAAUGGUGGAAACAGCCCUACCUUUACGAGAACAAGAAGGUCAAGGAGUGGCUGUUGACACGGAGAUACGAGAUGAAAGGGUGGUACGACGCCUGGGACGCAAAGGGGAACCCCCAGGCGUAUUCGAAUGCCGUCGACGCCUUCGCGAAAGCGUCGUGUCUCAACUUCGUACGUCACGUGCAGGCUCGAUUGCCACAGGAGCUUGUGAACAAGAUACUCGAUUUCUACUGGGACGAUUGGUUUGAGCACGGGUGCGCGACGUCGAUUCUGGACUCGUGGGAUCAAUUCCCUUGCCCUGGUCGGCCGUGCGAUUGUUUGGAGCAAUGGAAAAGGCCUGUCGUUAUCAAUCCGGAUUUUGUAGGGUUGCAUGUCGCGAGGGACGCGGUGCUUGCGUACCAUCGCAGAGACGCUCAUCUUCCGAAACGAAUGUGUGGAGAAGAGGAUUUUAGAAAGUAUCUCGAAGCAGAUCGGGCACAUGUUGGAGUUAAGAAUGCUUCUGUGUUGAGGUUUCUGGAGAUCGACAUGCAUAUGGUUUUGGAUCCUAGAGUCAUGGACAUGGCGAGUAACAUAUCAGAUGCGUAUGCCUUGCCAGAAACAGAGAUCAACGCUCUGACGGAGAAUCUGUCGGUGCUGCAGUUGAUUGAGAGGAAGGAUCUCUUCAAGUUGGAUAUCCGCGUCAAUAUCUACGAACAGAAGAUUGUCUUUCAACACUUGAAGAAUCUCCUUGCGAAGAUCCAACCCAGCUUGCGGCAGUUGGAUGAACAGGGAUCGAAAAUUGAUCUUCGAGUUGUUGGAAAUUUUCACCAACAUCACUCCGUCCCCAUUCGACUUGGUCUUGGAAGAUAUAUCACACUCGAUAAGAGUAGAUGGGAGGACCAGUUGAAAGAGGACAUAUCUCAGUUUGAAAAGAAAAGGAUCACUGAUAUUGAUUUUGAUUUAUGACGAGGAUAAAGCUGAGUUUGCUUAAGACGACAGCGUGGAUGUACGUACGACUCUUCAAUUUUCGGGCACGAAAUAGAUCUCCAACAUUUCAAAUUGAACAUCGUCCACCAAAAUACGUCCGCAGUUCUCAUCCCAUCGGUUCAUGCAGUAUACGCCGAGCUUCUUUAGGAAGCGGAGGAUUUCUCGUCCGCCCCAUAGUUGACAGUCGUAGCAUCCCUCACCUUGACUCUCUUAAGCAAGUGUCGAUUGUCUGCCUCGCCAUUCGCGCCUGUUGCCUCGACUAGAACGUUGCCAGCUUCAUCGUGAGUUCGAUCCCACUCUUCCACUUCGG